AUGGGAAUGUUGUGGCUCUGGGUGUGGAAGGAUGGAGCAUCAUCCCAAGGGAAGGUUGGGAAUGUCCUGGAUCCAGGUCUGGUAAGUUGGAACAUCAUCCCAAGGAAGUCCAGGGACAUCGUGGCUCCAGGUCAGAGACAAUGGAACAUCAUCCUGAAGAAGGAUGGAGUUGUCCUGGAUCCGGGGACGUCCCUGAGAGCGAGGACAGGCAGCGUCCCCGUGCCACCGCUCCGGAGGUGGCACUGCCAGGGCCACCACCGGCACCAGGGUCACCUGUGCCAGCGUGUCCCCAUGUCCCCCAUUUCCCCCAGAGGUGCCACCAUGUGCCUGCCCCGCUGCCUCGUGUUCCUGGCCAGCCUCAUCCCACCAGCCCUCGGCUCCUGGGGGGUCUCCUACCCUGAGUCCCUGCAGGCCAGCGGGGGGUCCUGCCUGGUUGUCCCCUGCACCUUCAGCUACCCCGCGGAUGUGACCACUGCCGACGGCAUCGUGGCCAUCUGGUACAAGGACUACGAUGGCCAGCGGACGCUGGUGUUCCACUCCGCCACCCCCCAGGAUGUGGAUCCCAAUUUUGGGGGUCGUGCCCAGCUCCUGGGGGACCCCAUGGCCCAGAACUGCACCCUGCUGCUGAGGGGGGUGACACCAGGGGACAGCGGCCCCUACAGGUUCCGCUUCGAGAUCGUCAACGGCGACCGCUGGUCGGCAUCGCGGGAUGUGACGCUGAGAGUUUCGGAGGAUCUGGAGCGCCCCAGUGUCACCAGCAGUGAGGAGCAGACCGAAGGACAAAGGUCCACCUUGGGGUGCUCCACGCCCUACGUUUGUCCCGGGGGUGACAUCGUCCUGCACUGGGAGGGCUACGACCCCCGGGUGUCCGAAGUGUCCGGUCGUGUCCAGCUGGACACCAGCGGGGUCAUCCACCAGCUGAACCUGACCAGCUCCUUCUCCUGGAAGGACCAUUCCAAGAAGCUGCUCUGUGAGGUUUCUGACGGAUCCAAGAAGGCGAGCACGGAGGUGGUGCUGCGGGUCAGGCACACCCCCAAGGACACCCAGGUGUCGCUGAGCCCUUCCUCGGGGAACAUCGGCGUGGGUGACACGGUGACCCUGAGCUGCCAGGUUGGCAGCAGCCACCCCCCGGUCACGGGGUACCAGUGGUACAAGGACGGGGUGGCCGUGGGCACCGAGCGGGUGCUGGCCCUGCAGGGGGUGCGCCGUGAGGACCACGGGCGGUAUCACUGCGAGGCUCGCAACGCCCUCGGCAAGGGGGUGUCACCUCCUGUCACCCUCCACGUGUUCUCCACAGAGAUCUCGGCCAGCCCCGCGGCCGAGGUGCGCGAGGGGACGGCCACCACCUUGUCCUGCGAUGUGCCCGGGCGGGAGGGACAUCCUGAGGAGCUGACCUACACCUGGUACAAGAACAGCGCGUGGCUCAAGGAGGGUCCGGCCCACGCCCUCCUCUUCCCUGCGGUGACCGCCGCUGACGCCGGUUACUACUCGUGCCAAGUGACCAACAGCCAGGGCAGUGACACGUCCCAGGCCAUCAGCCUCAGCGUGACAUAUCCGCCCCGAAUUCCCACCCUCACGCUCUUCCAGGAGACGCAGGGUGGCCGGCUCAUCAUUGUCCUCUGUGCUGUGGACAGCCACCCUCCAGCCACCCUGGCCAUCGACCACGACGGCACCGUGGUGGCCACCAGCGGGGCACAGGUGGCCCUGGGCCAGCGGUUCGGUGUCACCACCUCCCGCAAUUCCCUGCGGCUGGAAAUGCGGGAUGCAGGACCCCGGGAUAGCGGGAAGUACGGCUGCACUGCCACCAAUGUCCACGGCAACGCCAGCGUCACCAAGGUCCUUGAGGUCCACGCUGCGGGACUCCUGAUCCAGCCCUCGGCCGAGGUGACAGAGGGGACCGCGGUCACCCUGACCUGCAUGGGGACAGGGGACAUGGAGGAGGAGCCGCUCUACACCUGGUACAGGAACGGCCGGAGGUUCCAGGAGAGCUCAUUCCCCACCCUGGAAUUCCCGUCCGUCCGCGGCGACGACGCCGGAACCUUCCAGUGCCAGGUCCGGAGCAGGAACGGCAGUGACACGUCGGAUGCUGUCCCGCUCCGAGUGUUCUACCCCCCGAGGCAGCCAGUGCUGAGCUUGUUCCUGCAGAUCCAGGGCGGGCGCUUGGGCAUCAUCCAGUGCUCCGUAGAGAGCGAUCCCGAAUCCAUCCUCACCCUCCGGAGAGGGGAUGAUGUCAUCGCCUGCACCCGGGGCUGUCCCCAAGCCACCACCAGCCCCAGGGUCCAGGUCACCAGAUCCUACAACAGCCUGAAGGUGGAAAUCCGGGAUGUGGUGGUGGAGGAUGAGGGGAUUUAUGAGUGCCAGGCUGGGAAUUCCCAAGGAAGCGCCAGCGCCACGGUGGAUUUCAAGGCUGACACUGCCAAUGUCACCAUGUCCCCAUCCCCCCACGUGCUGGAAGGUGACAAUGCCACCCUCACCUGUCACCUGAGCAGCGGCUCCACAGCUGUCCCCAAUGUCACCUGGUACCACAACGGGCAGCAGAUCACCACGGGCUCGGCCACCUCGCUGAUGCUGUGGCCGGUGGCCAGCAGGGACGCGGGGCUCUACCGGUGCCGGGCCAGCACCGCAGGCGGCAGCCGGAGCUCUCCUGAUGUCCUCCUGGAUGUGCUGUAUCCCCCUCGGGAUCCUUUCCUGACGGCUUUCCUGGAGGCCGAGCGGGGUUCCCUGGCCAUCUUCCAGUGCUCCGUGGCCAGCAAUCCCCCAGCCCAGCUGGUCCUGCUCCGGGACCAGGAGCUGGUGGCCACCAGCAUGGGGGGGAGCAGCCCACGGGUCACUGUCUCUGCUGUCCCCAACUCGCUGAGGGUGGAGAUCCAGGAGGUGACACCAGCAGACGAUGGCAGCUACCGGUGCACGGCCACCAACGUGCACGGCUCCGUGGAGCGACGGGUGUACCUGCGUGUGCAAGCCACCCGAGUCCUGAUCUCACCGUCCUCGGAGGUGCUGGAAGGUGACAACGUGUCCCUGAGGUGCCAGGUGGCCGGAGAGCCACUGGGUGACACCGUCUACUCCUGGUACAAGGACAGCAAGUGGCUCCAGGAGGGUCCUGAUAGUGUCCUCGUGCUGUCCCGUGUCACCAGCGCUGCCACGGGGCUCUACCACUGCCGGGCCCGGGGCUCCAUGGGGACCAGCGCAUCCCCCGCUGUCACCCUGAGCGUCUGCUAUCCCCCACGGGCCCCUGUGCUCAGCACCUUCCUGGAGCCUCCGUCGGGACAGCGCGGGAUCCUGGAGUGCUCCGUGGACAGCUCCCCGCCGGCACAGCUGGCCCUCUUCAAGGACGGGGCCCUGGUGGCCUCCACGGUGCUGUCACCGCCUGUCCCCCGCUCACGGCUCAGCGUCACCUCGGCCACCAAUGCGCUGCGUGUCCGUGUCCACCCCGUGCUGCUGCAGGAUGAGGGCGAGUACUGGUGUGUGGCCACCAACGCCCACGGCAACGCCAGCGCCACCGGGAACUUCUCCGGAGGUGCUGCCCGUGUCUGGAUCUGGCCAUCCCCAGACGUGCGGGAAGGGGACACUGCCACCCUCACCUGUGCGGUGGCAGGAGGGGACCAGGACGUGCUGAGCUACACCUGGUACAGGAACCAGGUGUGGCUGGGCACCGGCUCUUCCCAAAAUCUCACCUUCCCUGCGGUCACCGCCUCCAACGCCGGCUCCUACAGGUGCUCCAUCCGGACCCCAGCCCGGAACCACAGUGCCACCCCUGCCACCCUCAGCGUCCUCUACCCCCCCAGGAACCUGCGGCUGCAAUCCUUCGUGGAGAGCAGCCAGGGGACGGCCACCAUCCUGCUCUGCGCCGUGGACAGCCACCCCCCGGCCCAGCUCACCCUGCUCCGGGGGGGACACCCGGUGGCCUCCAGCCCUCCCGGAGGAGGUGACAGCCCCCGACAGAACAUCCGCGUGUCCCCCUCUCCCAACUCGCUGCGCUUGGAAUUCCGGGAAGCCUCCGAGGAGGAUGAGGGUGAAUACGAGUGCCAGGCACGGAGCGCCCUCGGUGUCACCCACGCGUCCCUCACGCUCCGGGUGCAAGCCACCAGGGUGUUGGUGCGACCCUCGGCCGAGGUGCCGGAGGGGACAGAGGUGACCCUGACGUGCCAGGCCCCCCACGCGCAGCCGGGGACCCUCUACACGUGGUUCAAGAACGGGCGGUGGGUGACAGAGGGACCCGAGCCCUCGCUGGGACUCCGCGGCCACCGCUCGGACGCGGGGCUCUACGGCUGCCAGGCGGGCCGGGGUCCCCGUGCCCCCCCCGCCACCCUCACCGUGCUCUAUGCCCCGCAGGUGCCCAGAUUUGUGUCGCUGGUGGAGCCCCGCGGGUGGCGACAGGCGGUGCUGCUCUGCUCGGCCGACGGUGUCCCCACGCCGGACAUGGCCGUGAGCAGGGGACAGGGCCACCCACCCCUGGCCACCAACCGUGGCACCUCUGACCCUCGCUUCGAAGUCCGGGCCACCCCCACAUCGCUGCGGGUGGAGAUGGCGGGGCUGGAGCCGGGGGACGCCGGGCUCUACCUGUGCUCGGCCACCAACAGCCGCGGUUCGGCCACCACGUCCCUGCAGCUGGAAGUGCCAGGGGUCACGCUGACGGUGGAGCCCUCGCUGGAAGUCCCCGAGGGCACCAAGGCCACCAUGAGCUGCUCGGCCACCGCGUGGGGGGACAAAGGUGACAAUUACACGUGGUACCGCGACGGGCGGUGGCUUUGGGAGGGACCGUCCGGUUCCUUCGUCCUCAGCCCUGUGUCCAGCUCCGAUGCCGGCUCCUACCAGUGCCAGGCCAGCGGGACAUGGGGCACGGCCACCUCUGUCCCCGUCAGCUUCAGCGUCCUCUACCCUCCUCGGGCCGUCUCGGUGAGCACCUUCCUGGAGAACCGCAACGGGCGCGGGGCCAUCGUGCUGUGCACGGCCGAGAGCCACCCGCCCUCCUGGCUAGCCCUGCACCACCACGGCCACCUCCUGGCCACCAGCCUGUCCCCCGCUGUCACCCCAGGGGUGAGGGCCAUCCCCACGCACAACGCCCUGCGCGUGGAGCUGGCGGCCACGGGGACAGGGGCCGGGGGACGCUACGUCUGCGUGGCCACCAACGCCCUGGGCAACGCCACGGCCAGCGCUGACUUCGAUGUGCACACUCUGAGCCACCUGAGGACCUUCCGGGUCCUGUCCGGGCUGCUCGUGGCCAUCGUGGCCGUGGCCGCCAUGGCCCUGCUGGCUGUGAAGGUGUGGCCCAGGAUCAGGAAAUUCCGGAGCUGGUCCCGUGCCGAGGACACCCUGGAGCUGAGGAGCAAACAGGACCCAUCACAGCACCGAGGGGCAGCGGGGUCAAAAUUUGUCACCUGCGUCCGGCUGGUGACAAAGGUGACCCGGCCGUUCCCUCCCUCGGGCUGGCUGUCACCUUUGCAAGGACCCCCCGCUCCAGAGCCACCGCCCCCAGCGCCACCACCCCGCGUCCUCCUCGGCCACCUGCGCCCGCCCAGCCCCGGCGCGACCCCUCCCCUCCUCCUGCCGCUCUCCCGGCCUGGAGCUCAGGAAUUCCAGGCUGGAAUUCCCGGGGAAUAG